CUUAGAGCCACAUCAUGUAUCCAUCUAUCAAUUAAAACGUCUUUAAGGGCAGUUAAUGUAGAUUCAAAACAUUGCUAAAAAUGCUGAAAUUUACCGCAGCAUAAACAUUUUGAAUGCACCCCAAAUUAGCAUAAAAUGACGUGACUGAUACAAAUGUGUUAGCGGAAAUACUGCUUGAUACAGUACGGUUUGAACUAUUAUAAUGUUUACCAAAAAAUUGGUGAAACUGACAACGUUGACAUUUGCAGAUUAUAGUUGUCUUGUUAGAAUGUAGCUUGACACUAAUCAUAAAGAGCAUUGCUGUGUGGCAGAAAUGGACGAGAUAAGUCCACUGUUGGACAACCAGGUGCGAGAAGGAGCCGAUCUCCCGUCCCCAAAUCUGAGGCCACGGCGGAGGGAACUAAUACCAACACCAUGUGGACCAAUAAAGCCUUGGUCAGAGCUAUCAUGCUUGGUGAAGCUCUACUUCUGCUUCACUAUUGUAUCACUUCUGGCACUGUUUACGCUCACUCUUAGCAGUAUCUACCAACAAAGCAUGUCAACCUACAGCUAUGAGGACGACUUCACUGUAUCCAUCAUCCAGCUGGUUGGAAUCUUGUUCUGCAUAUACUACAUCACCCGGGGUAUACUACAGGAGAACAGACAGGAGCUGAUAGUCUUUGUUCUCAGUGUGGUGGUUGUCAUGGUGCGCUCUGUGGUCAACUUUACUGUACUUCCUGUGAAGGACAGACAUGAGUUGCUGGUUCGGUUUGUAUGCAUCCAGGGUGUGGGUGUGUUCCAUGUUUUCUGCACAGUCCUGCUCAUCAAUAGACCCAACAUGAUGGCUUUCAGAGUGGGUGGGGCAUUGGAGAGUCUCCAAGAGCAGUACUUUCUGCUCAACUUAUGCUUCUCCAUGGUAACCUUUGAUCUACAGGCACAGCUAUGCCUCUGUAUCCUGAUCAUGACGUCAGGAACAUCCAUGUCCCUCACCAACAACAUAAUCCUUGGCUUUGGGGUUGCAUGGGCUUGCCUAACAGCUAUGGUUGGUGGUAUUGCAGUUUUAAAAGAAGCCAAGUCAUUGGUUUGUGUCUUCUUACUAUUGAAUUUACCUGAGUUGGCCUACUUCAUCUAUCUUAUGUACAAGAUCAGUCUGAAUUGGGGCCAGGAUAAGACGUACACUCUAGAGGCAGCUGCUAUCACAGGAGCCCUGAUCUCAGUCCUGAUCAAAGGAGUACUGUCAUGGGGCGUCGUCCGAUUGGUGCGCAGCUUUGGGCAGGGCCUGAGGGAGAGAAUGUUCGUGUCGGACGGGAGGUAAGUAGUGAAGUGCAUUAGUACUUGUGGAAGGAUGCAACAAACUGAAGAUGAACUACUGUUUUUACAAGACUUUUUUUGGACUGAACUGAACUUCAUAAUGUUAAGAAUGGAAUCAAGUAAUGUUUUCAUAGUUAACACUAUUCAUUGUGAUUCAGAUAUCCCUCUGCUACUGGAUGUGAGAUGCUUUCAGCCCAGUUAGGUUUUGCAUCUUGAGAAGACUGUAGGCCCAACUUUUCCAUUCAAAUGACAAGUUCAUCAAGUUCGAGUUCAUAAUUAUAUUGUAACUAAAUUGUAGGAUUUCAGUUGAAUUUACUGUAACAAUGAUUUAUGUUUCUGAUGAUACUUUUAACCUAUUAGUUAAAAACCAAAGAUAAUAUAUUUUGGUUGGUAUAAUUAUACUAUCCAUUUGAAAUUGAUGGCAUCAGAAAUAUUGGAAUUAUAUUGCUAACUUUUAUUUGCACAUUGGAGAUUUGUUUACUUACUGAUAUAUGGGGAUUUUUAUUGGUUUAUAUCCAUUUUAUACAUAAUAUCUAUUUAUUACCUAUUUUCUACUAGCUUACAGAUUUUAGACUUCACAUUGCAGAAGAUGUCUUGACAUGAUUUUAGCCCGUAUCAAAUUACCAGUUGUUCAUUUAAAAUAUAUUGAUAAUAGGGAAUAUUGCUUUGAUUGACAACCUAUUCUUUUUUAUUUCAAUUAAAGAAAUGACUAACACAAGUGUCACUAACUAUAUUUCUGUAAAGUCUAAGCACCAUUACAUUUAAGGAACUUGGCAAACUACAGUUAAUACAUUUUUUGACUACCCUCACAAACACAGCCUAAAAUUGAUUGCAAUUCUACGAAGGAAUUGACAACAGACUAACAACAAAGUUAGUUA